GAAGACGAAGAAGAAAAUAACCCCAAACGCGUUCACGCUGUGUCUUUUUGCUUCUCCGUCUUCCAUCGCCGUGUGAUUUAUUUCAUCCCUUUUUCUUCAUUUUUCCUGUUUUUGUUGUUGUUGUUGAUUCGUGUUGAAGGAAGGAACACCAAAAAGCCGCCAAGAUGCCGCGAAUCAUGAUAAAAGGAGGCGUUUGGCGCAACACGGAGGAUGAGAUCCUCAAAGCAGCGGUGAUGAAAUAUGGAAAAAACCAAUGGUCCCGAAUCGCCUCUUUGCUCCACCGCAAGUCAGCCAAACAGUGCAAGGCACGAUGGUACGAGUGGCUGGACCCAAGCAUCAAGAAGACGGAGUGGUCCAGAGAGGAGGAGGAGAAGCUGCUUCAUCUGGCCAAGCUGAUGCCCACUCAGUGGAGAACCAUUGCACCCAUCAUUGGACGCACCGCCGCCCAGUGUCUGGAGCACUAUGAAUACCUGCUCGACAAAGCGGCGCAACGAGACAACGAGGAGGAAGUGGGAGAGGACCCCAGGAAGUUAAAGCCAGGGGAGAUCGACCCCAAUCCUGAGACCAAACCUGCCAGGCCAGACCCCGUGGACAUGGACGAAGAUGAGCUGGAGAUGCUGUCAGAGGCGCGAGCUCGACUGGCCAACACGCAGGGCAAGAAGGCCAAGAGGAAGGCCAGAGAGAAACAGCUGGAAGAAGCCAGGCGUUUGGCGGCGCUGCAGAAGCGCAGAGAACUGAGAGCAGCUGGAAUCCAUCUUUCCAAGAAGAGGAAGAAGAAGAGAGGCGUGGAUUACAAUGCUGAGAUACCCUUUGAAAAGAAACCUGCUCAAGGUUUCUAUGACACCAGCAUGGAACUUUAUGAUCCCCAAGGACCAAACUUCAAGCGCCUCAGACAGCAGCACUUGGAUGGGGAGUUGCGCAACGAGCGCGAGGACAGAGAGCGCAAGAAAGACAAGCAGAAGAUCAAGAAGAAGAAAGAAAGCGACCUGCCCUCCGCCAUCCUGCAGACCAGCGGCGUGGCCGAGUUCACUAAGAAACGAUCUAAACUGGUCCUUCCUGCGCCGCAGAUUAGCGAUGCUGAGCUGGAGGAAGUGGUGAAAAUGGGCGUGGCCAGUGAGGUGGCCCGCCAAGCCGCAGAGGAGAGCGAAGGCGCAAACUCCGCCUCCUCCACCCUGCUGUCGGAGUACAGCAUCACCAACAACAUGGCGACCGGCCUGCGCACACCUCGCACCCCUGCUGCCCAGGACAGAAUACUGCAGGAAGCUCAGAAUCUGAUGGCUCUGACCAACAUCGACACGCCCCUGAAGGGCGGCCUCAACACGCCGCUGAACGAGAGCGACUUUAGCGGCGUGACGCCUCAGCGCCAGCAGGUGCAGACGCCCAACACCGUGCUGGGCACCCCCUUCAGAACUCCUGGGCACGGUCAAGGGUCAGAGGCCAUGACCCCGCAGUCGGGCGGAGCAUUGACCCCUCGUGGGCCGGCCACCCCCGGUCUGACCCCGGGCCGCACGCCGCUGAGGGACAAGCUGAACAUCAACAGCGAGGAGCAGCUGGCCGACCCGUCGUACGCCAAACAAGUGCAACGCGAGAGUCUGCAGCAGCUCAGACAAGGUCUGAUGUCACUUCCUGUGCCCAAAAACGACUUUGAAAUCGUCCUGCCCGAGAACGCCGAGAAGGAACUGGAAGAAACUGAGAUGGAGGCCGGCUUUGUCGAUGACGCCUCUGAAGUGGAGUUACGCAAGCAGGCCCUUCGAGAUGCAGAAAGGGAGAAGGAGCUGAAGCUGCGACACACAACAGUGCAGAGGAGCCUCCCCAGACCCACAGAGGUGAACGAGACCGUCCUGCGGCCGUCCUCCAUGGAGCCGCUGUCCAGCCUGCAGAUGGCGGAGGAGCUGAUCAAGCAGGAAAUGAUCACCAUGAUGCACUUUGACUGUCUGCACCACCCGUCUGCCAACACCGUCAGCCAGCUGCAGCGUGCCAAGACCCGAGGCCCCGCCUCCACAUCCAACAACGCGCUGCACAUCGCCUACCUGGACUCUCACAAGUACCAGCCUGUCAGCACCGAGGACAUGGACAAGGCCAAGGCUGUACUGGCAGCAGAGAUGGAGGUGGUGAAGGUGGGCAUGGGUCAUGGUGACCUCAGCAUGGAGGCCUACUGUCAGGUGUGGGAGGAAUGCUACGGCCAGGUGUUGUACCUGCCCGGACAAAACCGCUACACCCGAGCCAACCUGGCGUCCAAGAAGGAUCGUGUUGAGAGCUUGGAGAAGAAAUUAGACGUGAACCGAGGUCACAUGACCGCCGAGGCGCGCAAAGCCGCCAAACUGGAGAAGAAACUCAAAAUCCUGCUGGGGGGUUUUCAGUCCCGAGCGCUGGGUCUCCUCAAGCAGCACAAUGAACUGUGGGACCAAGUGGAGCAGCGAGCCACAGAGCAGCAGACCUUCAGUCAGUUGAAGAAGCAAGAAGAUCUUGCUAUUCCCAGAAGACUUGAGGCGUUGCGAGAAGAUGUGGAGCGUCAGAUGGAGCGAGAACGAGAGCUCCAGCAGCGAUACGGAGAAAUAGUCAUGGAGAGAGAUGCUCUGAUUAACAGUGCUCAGAAGUGCUGAGGAACACCUGGAGCUGGCGACCAAUCACGUCCUUUUCUUUAUACAAGUCCCGCCUCCGUGUGAUGGAGGUCAUGUCAAAGCGUUUGUGUGUUAGUGAUCAAUAAAGUUUAUUUGAGCAACCUA